AUGGUAGCCAAUAACUACCUAAAUGAAGGUCGUCCCCACAUAGAAGUCAUAGAACUCAUAACCCUAGGAUUCACAGGCAAACUUCUGCAAUGGUGGAGUAACUGCCUGACAAAAGAGUUUAAGGAAGAUAUCAAAAGUGCUAUCCAAAAGAAUGAGGAGGGAAUCCCCAUUUUUGACGAAAACAUAGGUAGACGAAUCCCUGACGGAGUAAACACAUUGAUCUAUAUGAUCAUGAAACAUUUCAUGGGAAAACCUAGCAACAUUACAUCUAGGAUUUAUGACCAGCUCAGCAAUCUUAGGUGUAAAACCCUUGGAGAUUAUCAGUGGUAUGAAGAUGUCUUUACCACCAAAGUCAUGCACAGAAGUGGUUGUAACUCUCCUUUCUGGAAGGAGAAGUUCAGUAAUGGCUUACCAACACUCUUUGGUGAGAAAAUCAAAGAAACCCUUUGUUCCCCUUUAGGUGUCAUAGAUUAUGAUAACCUCACCUAUGGAGACAUAUCAAGCACGAUAAGAAGUGAAGCCCCAUCCAAGAGAAAAUCCAGAAAAAAAGACCAUUCUGGGAAAUUUUUUAGAAAAAGAUCAACCUCCAACUAUUAUAGAAAUCAAAAGUAUGGUCACUUUAAGAGCAAUGAUUUCUACAAGAAAGGAAACAAGUCUAAAAGACACCACAAAGACAAUGGUAAACGAGAUGAAUCCACAUGCAAAGCAUCUAACAAAGGAACGUGUUUUAACUGUGGAAAGAAGGGUCAUUUUCGAAAUGAGGGUAGGUCUAAGGCCAAAACCCUCAUUAACAGCCUAGUUAGUGACCAAACUGGUAAAGAAGAGAUUCUCAAGCUUCUAGAACUCAACACCGAGAGUGACCUAUCCAGUAGUUCUAGUGACAAUGAAAUCCACCAACUUGACCAACUCUCCUCCUCCUCUAGGAUCUCACCCAGCUCCUCUAGUGGCCCGGAUACCACUAUAGCAUGUAAAGAUAGUUGUUGUAGAAGCAACACUAUCAAUGUCCUUACCAAACAAGAAGAACUCCUCCUUGACAUAAUAGAUGACACAGAAGACCCUAUUAUCAAGGCUUAA